AUGUCCGCCACUGAUGAGCGAGACCCGGCCCCAGGUGCCCCGGAUGGUCCGGUGGGAGCGGCAGGAGCAGGAAGUGGGGUGACCGGUGACCCUGGGCCGGUGGAGGGCCCCGUGGCAGGGGCCCCUCAGGCUGCGCAGGAGGCGGGCGAGCCCGAGAGGGCGCUGGCCAUCGCCCAGGGGAGCCAAAGUAGCGAGGACGACUCGGACAUUGAGUCGGCCUCCAUCGAGUCGGCCUCUGAGCAGGAGGAAGACCGUGAGGGCGCUAGGCGCCUGGUGAUCGACACGGAACGUUUUCCACUGGCGGGCUUCCGCUUCAUGUUCCUGGAUAUGAUCUACAGUAUGCUGCAGCGCAUCUACCAUAAUGAUCACAUCCUGAUCCGGUCCCACAGCGGCCACGUGCUCCUGUGUACAAGUCCGCUCGACGGCUCAAGGUCGCUGCCAGCGCUGACUCCGCCUGCUGAGGGGGACGAUAGCGAAGGCUUGGCCGGGAAUGUUGAGGCAGCUGGGGAGCCAAUGGAGCCACUGGCCCAGGCUGCUGUUUUGGAGCCCAAAGAGGCCGCAGCCCCGGAGCCCCGGGACCAGGCCGCAGCCCUGCAGGAAGUGACUGGGAAUCAGCAUGGCAACUCUGGUGAAGAGGCCCCAAAAGCAGGAGGUGAGGAAGAGAAACAAGCCAAGAGGGAAAAGGAGGACGGUGAAGAACAAGAACCCCAAAAGGAUCUGGACCCAGCAGUGGGAAGCCCUGGAAAAUCCAGAUUAGCCAUUAAAAAGGAAAAGUACAAAUUGAAGGACAUUCUACAAGAUACUUUGCCAGGACUCCUUAAAACCAUUAAGGUCAUCAAAAACAAGCAAAGUCAAAUAGUGUGA